AUGUAUAGAAGUAGCAACAACAAAUCAGCUUCACCCAAACAAACCUGUUUUUCUUGCGGGAAGAUUGGUCAUAUUGCAAAGCACUGUACAUGGAAAAAUAGAAUUACACCUACGGCCACUAAAAACGUCAUGCGCUGUGAGACGGACAAAAAAACGCAGAGACCAGUUGAAAUCGAAUCACCAAUAAGAACAAAGGAAGUUGUCAUUGAAGCAAACAAAUUUUAUGAUCGCAAGUACAUCGAAGUAAAUAUUAACGACGAGAUUGAUCAAAAGGCGUUAAUUGAUAGUGGAUCAGAAAUAUGCUGCAUCAGUGAAGAGAUCAGCUACCAGUUAAAAUUACAGCCGGUAGACACUAUAGCAAUAAAGGGAAUUGGACAACAUUUCGACCAUACGAAAGGUGUAUGGAUUCAGAUCAAACCUACUUGUAAGGAUAAGACACAAACAAAUAUUGCGCCAGUAGUGAAGAUAUAUUGCGCAAUUGUUCCCAAACUUUGUGAAGGGCUAUUAUUAACUCCAAGUGUCGUUGACUUGAUCGAGGAGAUGAAAUUCUAUGACGUCCCGAUUCCACAAACAAACCUGUCAGAACUUGAUGAAUCAAUGAAGCUGCAAAAGAUGCAGGAUUCGGCAAGUAAGAAAAACGAAUUAACCUGCGAUAACCCGGUGGUUGACAAAACCGAACAAGUAAAUCCAGUGACCGUCGAAGUCAAACUAGUUGAAAGGGAAAUAGGGAAGUCGGUAAAUGAAGCAAAAGUGAAGAGACAAGAUCCGACGUCUGACGUAGAAGAAUCAACCGACGAAGACCAGGAAGUUGUCAAACUCCGAUUUAGAAGAGACGGGAAGUAG